UUGAGAGUGGAUAAACAGAUGCCAGUUCCUGCUUUAAAAGAACAGAUUGCUUCUGUCACUGGUGUGCUAUCAGAACAACAACGUCUAAUAUGUCGUGGAAAAGUCUUAAAAGAUGACCAACUACUCUCUGCCUAUCGUAUCCUUUUUUCUUAAUGCUCAAGGGCAACUCUAAAGUACAAUAUUGAACAAAAAAGAUUGUGUACCCAAAGUGAGGAGAUAGCUAGAAGCUCCCUUCAAAUUUCUUUUAACAGUUUUGAUGAAGGUAUUACCUAAGUAGUGAACCAAUGACACAUUUAUUUCUGCUGUUAAACUGUAAAGCUAGGCAGGAAAGUAGAAAAGAGCUCAUUAAGACAAUAUUGAUGCAAAAGAGUUAUUUUGGGACAUCUUGGAGUUUGUGCAUUGGCAGGUAAAAUGUUGAAUUGUGGUUGGAUAGUGUUGCAUUUUUGUUCCUCACUGCUGAUUUCGGUAAUGCUGAAGUGUAAAUUCCAAGUGAGCUCACAUGCUAGUGCUCCAUGUCCAUGAGAUUCAUCCUGCAAUGCUAAACAUGAGAUUCAUCAUGUUUUCCCUCAGCAACACUGAAUUGUAAGUCUGAAAUACUAGGUAUGGACAUAAAAGGGGAAAAAGCCUUGACAAAAGAGAGGUUUGAAGGUAUGUGCUGUAGAUGCAUGUGACCACAUACGUCUCUUCAUCGGUUCAUCUUUAGCAUACUUCUAGGUGAAUGAAUGACUUUGGACAGCUUAUCAGGUGGAGAAUAGAGAGUUGUGUCACAUUUCAAUUGAUUGUAUCACACCCAAGCAUAACCAAAAACACAUGUACAUAUUCCAAAUAAGCUGACAUCUGCAAUUCUUUUUUCUGAAGUAAAUUGUUUUCUGGUGGUUUCUGGCAAGUGCUUGUUGCAAUGGUGCAUUUUUGCUAGAAGGAAACUUUGAGUGUGGGUGAAGUAUUUGAAUCAAAACAUGUAUGAUGUCGAAGAUGGUCACACCUUGCAUCUGGUAGUUAGGCAACCUAUACCAUCUGAGGGCUUAUCCAAUCAUUCAGCCAGUGAUCCUGCUUCAGGUUCAAGCCAUCACACUGGUCAGGUGGCUCCCAGUGUUGUAAUAGAAACUUUUAGUGUGCCUGAUCAAGGGGAUGCAGUUCCUCCAGAAAUCAGUAGGAUUGUCUCUGCUGUUCUUGGAUCUUUUGGAUUUUCAAAUAUCAGAGGUGUCAGUGAAGGGGUUGAUGUGGAGCGUGGUUUGCGAAGAACAUCAGCUGCUGGUGGCACAAUGGAUGCAAGCCAACUGCAAUCUGAACAAACUGGCACCAGGGGUCAGUCUGACAGAUCACAGAAUGUUUUUGGGCUUCCGACAGCAGUUUCCUUGGGGUCUCUGAAUCCUCCUGUAAUUCCUGAUUCUCUGACAACUCUGUCCCAAUAUCUGAGCAAUUUGAGGCAAGAAUUUGAUGCCAUCGGCAGAGGCGGGGAAAACAUUGCUCAAGCAGAUGCUGCACACAGGAUGGAGCAAAUAGAUUCUAAUACCACAUCACUAUCAGGAACUGGACAAGAAAGACUUCCAUCACCCGCAUCCUUGGCAGAAGUGAUGCUGUCUAGUAGACAAUUACUCACCGAACAAGUUGGAGAAUGCUUACUUCAACUUGCAAGACAACUAGAGAAUCAAGCACAUAUUACUGAUACUGCAGCGCGACACGCAACUCAGUCUAGUGCAUUGAGAACUGGAGUCCAACUUCAUAAUUUAGGUGCCCUUCUUCUCGAACUUGGACGUACAAGCAUGACAUUACGACUAGGUCAAACACCGUCUGAAGCUGUGGUUAAUGCGGGCCCUGCUGUUUUUAUCAAUCAAUCUGGUCCUAAUCCUCUCAUGGUUCAGCCUCUUCCUUUUCAACCAGGGACAAGCUUUGGUGCUGUCCCUGUAGGAUCCAUGCAGCCUGGAUCUGGUUUGACUAAUGGUGUCGGUACCGGGUUUCUUCCAAGGCGAAUUGAUAUACAAAUACGAAGAGGUUCAUCGACAGCUACCCCCACCAAUAAUCGUGAGGAACAUGGUCAGACAGAGCAAACUGCUGGGCAGAGAAACCCACCAACCAGUUCUGGUGGUGAAAAUCCUGGUAGUCAAACAAGUUCAAGGCUCUCAGAGGGUUCAUCUUUUGCUGGAGAGCCUGUACGAGUGGUGCCUCUUAGAACGGUGGUUGCAGCUGUUCCUGGCACAUUUGGCCGCCUUCCUUCUGAUUCAUCUGGUAAUUCUAUAGGUCUAUACUAUCCUCUUCUUGGACGAUUUCAAAAUGUAGCUUCUGGGCAUGGGAAUAGUGGGCAGGGAUCUCAAGCAUCUGGUGAAUAUCACACUGCUGAGGUCCAAACUGAGCAGCUGCCAACUCCUGAACCUGCUUUGCAGCAGCAAAACUUUGAACAACGCACAAGAGAUGGAUCAUUGCCACCAAACUUGAGACAAGAGCCUUCUAUUUCUCGCAGUAUAAGUAUCAACAUUCUGUCAGCUAGUGGGGCCCAAAACAACCAGGAUUCUGAACGACAUAUCCCCGACAAUAUUUUGCAGCUUCUGAGGACCAUCUUACCUGGUGAUAUCCAUAUGGAGGAUGCCAGCUUACGAGGAACAACUACUAGUUCUGUCCCUGAAACUGCAGGGCAAUCUACUGCUACUGCAGAAGCAGAACCAAGAGCUACUGAUGAGGGGAUAUUUCUGUCUAAUUUGCUUCGUGAGAUCAUGCCCCUCAUAUCUCAAAGUGGAGGUGCAGAACCCAGUGCCAUACCUCCUGGAGAAGCACAGAACUCUGGGAAUCAGAGGCCUCGAGAUUCUUCAACCCAUGCUGAAAACUCUGGCAUUGGAACAUCUCGUGGCCAUGAUACGGAACCAAGCCCUCCAAAUUCAAAACGCCAAAAGACUGAGUGAUUUAUCUGUGGACAAAGGAUUCAAGAGCUGAACUUGUGAUUAUGAUCUCAGACAGCUAAAGAAUCAUGUGUUUCUUCUUUAGGUUAAUGGCGGUUGGUCUUAUCUUUUCAAUUUAGUGUAACAUGUCAAUGAUGGUUGGUCAUUUUCUCAAGUUAAUAGGCAAUGAGUUGAGAUGAAAUGCUUGGUUUCCAUACUGUAACAUUACGGCUUUGUAUACUUCGGAUUCCUAUUAGGCAAAUUAGCUUCAACUAUUUUUCAAUACUUCAUCACCAUAUGUUUGGUUUUUACUCGUUUGCCCUGGUAUGUGAUUGCUGGGAAGGUUUGAUAUGACAUUACUAUUCAGAAAGUAAUUAUUCAGCGCAAUCAGUUUAUAUUA